UGCAUCGAGGACAGAGGGAGCAAGGCAUCGAGGACAGAGGGAGCAAGGCGACACGAGGAUCCAUAUCCAUGAGAGACGCUCUGAGUGGGAUACCGCUUCUGUUAACGGUUGUGGAGGGGUGCAGCCAUGGAUGCUGGGAAACUGGAGCAGCAGGUGGCCAGUGUGGAGAGAGGCAUCGCCUUCCUGAAGCAGGAGCACCUGGCCAUGCUGACGGGUCUGCAGCUGGAGAUCACACACCUGAGGAGGCGCUGUCAUGAGCUAAGCUGUGAGCUGGACUCCAGGUUUCCCGACAGAAGCACAGAAGAGGAAGAAGCAGAGCUGGCAGCACGCUGUGAGGCCGCCCAGCGUCUCCUGGAGGACCAGCAGUGCAUUAUGGUCGCUGCGCGUGUGGAGCUGCGGGCCGGCCGGGCACGGGCAUCAGCACUGGGGAGGAACCUGAGAGAAGAAGAGCGCCAUUUCCUGGAGGAACUGAAACGUCGCAGCCACAAGAUCACACUACUGAGUCGGGAGCUGCAACGGCAAAAUGUCACCACGACAACCCUCUGCCACGAGCUCCACACCGCACGCUUAAAACUGUUCCAGCAAGGGCAGAGCACAGAGUCUGGGGCUGAGGGAGAGGAGGAAACCAGAGGAAAGGAGGAAGAAGAGAAUGAGGAUGAAGAGGAUGACGACGAUGGUGAGGAGGAUGAAGAUUAUGAUGGGGAGGGCUCAGACUGGCUCCUGUCUCCACCUCCCCCAGCCUCUCCUAGCCAACCAGAAGCAAGACAUAAGAGGCGUGUCAGCACGAGGGAGGAGAGGGUCAGAGCUUGUGUCCCCCAGGAGAGAGUGACAUCCCCGCAGAAGCCACGCCCUAUGCCUGACCCCGCCCUCUUCCUAGUGCCGUUGAGAUACCGCCUCCUUCGCUUGAACCAACCAAUCAGAACACAGAAUGUAGAGGGGAUGGAGGACGAGUGGGAGGAUAUUGAGGACAGCAGGGUGCACAGGAGAGUGGACAUGGGAGCAGGAGAGGGAGAAACUGCUCUGUGA